AUGGAUCCUCUUCCUCGAGAAGUCGACGAUUACAUCAGAGAGUCGAUUGACCACACCCUCGGCCUCCCUGUGUCCGCACAGACUCUCGAAUUGAAGAAGCUCCGGUGCUCGGAAGCGGCGAAGCGACGGAUCGAAGGAGAAGGAUCAAGCUCUGGACCGAUUUGGUUGGGUUGCUUAUGUGUUUUUGGUUUCAGGCCGAGGCUUUGUAACAAGUUGGAGAAGGAGUGCUCGCUCUAUGAUCAUGACCGAGAGGCUUUGAUGGAUUUCGGAAACGAGGCAGACCAGAGGGCCAAGGAGGCUGAGUUACGGGUCCAAGAGUUGGAGGAUGAAUUGAGGGAAGAAUUGAAGUUUUACAAGAAUGAAUACGAGAGGCUUUCGGUUGAUUCAUCUGCUGAAGGCUCACCUGUUGAAGAGAAACUAGUGGAGUCUGUUUUAGCAACAUUGACCAAAGAUGAGACUGGGGCGGCAUGUGCAUUUUGGGAGGCCAAUAGCUGA